GCACCCCAAUUCUGAUAUUCUUUUCACUAAUUGGUGAUUGGUCAAAAUACAAAUUAGUGGAAAGAAAUAAAAAUAGGCUGCCUGUCUAUACGCAGCCUAUGUGAUUCACCUGAAUCCUGUCAUAAGACCAGUGGAGGCUGCUGAAGGAGGAAUGCUCAUAAUAAUGGCUGGAAUGCAGCAAAUGGAAUGGCAUCAAACCAUGUGUUUGAUGUAUUUGAUAUCAUUCCACCAAUUCCACUCCAGCCAUUACCACAAGCCCGUCCUCCCCAAUUAAGGUACCACCAACCUCCUGUGCAUAAGACCUAAUGGAAUGACGAAGAAGCAGUGGCUUCAAAGGGGAUUAGGAUACUGUUGAGUAGGGCUCAAAACUGUAGCCCGGUCACCCAGUCCAUGCAGGGUAAGCCAUACCUCCCCUGUUUUCACUGCUUCCUUCUGUGCCGUCCCUUCUUUCUGUGUGAGUGUGCUGUGAGUAUGUGUUGGUGACUGAAAGUGUGCUUUAGUGAGAUCUCCACAGCCACACAUUCCUCUCAGUUCACAUUAAAGUGGCAAUCUGCAGUUCAAACAAUAACAAAGCGGCCACCCAGCCACCAAUGGUCAGUCCUUGUAUCUAAAGCUCUCAAUGAGUUUGAGUGGUUACAUUUCUCCAGCCCCCUCCCUCAGCUGUUUACCUAAUCCAUGUUUUAAGGCUAUACAGUGUUUGUUCCAAUUUACAUUGUUUACAAACAAAGGAGUAAAACAAGCAUAUAUAGUUUGUUCCGAUGGGGAACGACAGCUCAUAAGGCAUCAAUAAGUUAUAUUCUUCAAAAAAUUAAUGGGUAUACAUCAUUCAUUUAAAAGUCUAAAAAUGGAUGUAGCAACUGCAGAUUGACGCUUAGGGGGCGGUUAGUCUCAUGAAAAUGUGAGUGUGUGCUCAUGUGUGAGACAAACUGCUGGCAGGUGUGAAACAGUUUUAUGGUGAGAGGCAGCAUCAAGAAGUAAGAAUAUCACCACCCUGAUUGGAGACAGACGAGCUUCAGAUGGAAGUGAUCCCCACAGCUAUGCAGUAUCAUGGAAGACUGGCACUACUGUGGCAUGAUGUCUUCGUGGAGCGUGCUCUUGACACUUUGACCCGGACAUCACGUCCUCAGGUGCAGCAAGUGGAGGGAGCCUCAGGAACUUGGAUCCCUCGAUUGAAGGAGCAUUUCGGGGCCCAGGCGUUUGACUUAGUUUUCCUGGACCACUGGAAAGAUCGCUACCUUCCUGACACAAAACCUCUGAAGGAGUGUGGUCUCAUACAGAAAGGCACAGUGAUGCUGGCAGACAAUGUCAUUUGUCCAGGAACCCCUGACUAUCUGUAGUACGUCUGCAACAGCUCUCACUACAACAGCCACUACUACAGAUCACACCUGGAGUACACUAAAGCAGAGAACGUCCUGGGGAAGUCUGUGUUCUUAGGGUACUAGCCAAACAGCGAGCAUCUUGCUUUAAAACACCAACUCUCUAUUGAUAAAACAUUUUGGGUUAGUUUCAAUUCAAAGUGCCGCCUUAUGACAAGCUGUAACUUACUGUGCUAAGCAUUUCUUUAUCUGUAGAACUGAUGUUAUCUAGAGUAAGCAAAUAUGUCUUUGAAAAACUAUUUCUACUUGUGUUUUGACAUUGUCACAAUGCUGUCUUGCUAUGUUAAAUGAUCAAAAUACCAUCAGUUUUACAGCUGCAGAAUUACAGUAGUGUGAUGUGUUUUUCAAACAUGGAUUUGAUACACUAGGUGGCAGUGGUGUGCCUUUUUAGAUAUUCAAUCAGACAACUGAAAAGCAGCAUGCAGUGGUCCCGUCAUAACUUCAUAGCAUUUAUAGCCUUCUUUCCGGUGUAGGUAGACAGAAAAUGGUCUAAAGUCUUACACCAUAUCUAGCAACUUAAAAUAAUUAUUAAUAUUUUGUUUGGACACUGUAUCAGAUCUAGAUUGAGUUAUUAAAGGUUCUGUGAGAAAGGUC